AUGAAGUCCGUCGCAGUUAUCCUGUUCGUGUUGGCCUGGUGUCAAGGCGUGUGGGGGCUCACCAAGACCACCGAGACCCCGGCGCCGGUAGAGAGUCCUCCGUUGUGCGGCCUGCAAUGCAUCCAACAAGUGACGCUGGCGACGGGGCUGUGCUCCGUCACCAACGCUACCUGCGUGUGCACAAACGUCGAGCUCAACGAGCAGAUUUCGCUCUGCGUGCACGUCAACUGCACCAUUCGAGAGUCGUUGAACAACCUUGAAGAGGUCCAGGCCUACUCUAAGCACACCUGCGGCGUGCCGUCCCGUGACCGAACCGCCUUGGUAUGGGUCACCGGCGUCGUCUUCCUGGUUCUCGGGCUCGUCGCCUUCCUCCUGAGGGUGAUGGCCAAGCUCUGCUUGGGCGGGCAGACUUGGGGGGCCGAUGACUGGGUUAUGCUGCUGGCUGUGGCCAUGAUGGUCCCCCUCAACAGUCUUUCAAUUCCCAUCUCCAAAACUGCCUUGGGCCAGGACAUUUGGACUGUCCACCCCGACAACAUCACAAUGUUUCUCUACAUGUUUUUCUGGGACUCGCUCCUUUACCUGGGCGUCUUGCCCGUGACCAAGAUCUCGAUCCUGCUCUUCUACCUCAAGAUCUUUCCCAAGAGGGAGAUUAGAAUCGGCUGCUGGGUCCUCAUCGGGAUCAACGUCGCGUACUUCAUCGUCUUCGAGCUCAUCUCCAUCUUCCAGUGCAUCCCCGUCGAGGGCGCCUGGAGAGCAUGGGACGGGGAGUUCCAGGCCAGGUGCAACAACGUCAACAUCCAGGGGUGGUCGGCCGCCGUCAUCAACAUCCUGCUGGACGUGGCCACCCUGGUCCUCCCGCUCAAGGAGCUGUACAACCUUUCCCUGUCCACCAAGAAGAAGAUCAUGGUCAUGAUGAUGUUUUGCGUCGGUUUCUUCGUCACCAUCGUCAGUGUUGUCCGGCUGCAUUCUCUCGCCAGCUACGCCACAACCAGCAACGCAACCCAGGACUACGUCGAGGUCGGCUACUGGAGCACGAUCGAGGUCCCAGUCGGCAUCAUCUGCGCCAGCAUGCCCGCCAUCCGCUCCCUCUUCAGCCUCGUCUUCCCCAAGGUCUUCGGCACCACGCAGCGGGGCAAGUCCAACUACGCCAACAUCUCGGACCAGCACAAGCUGCAGUCGGGCUCCCAGAAGUUCUCGUCCAUGGGCUCGGCGUCCAAGAAGGCGAUCCGCGUCCAGAAGGAGUUCUCGCUGAGGUCUGGCCGCCGGGACGAUGUCUCGUAUACCGAGCACGAGCUCACCAACCUGCCCUUCCGAGACCCGAACUCGCGUGCUUCGUCAGAAAAGAACCCGGCCAUGCCCCACGAAGCUGUCUGA